AUGGCGUCUAGCUGCUGCGGCAAGAGGCCCAGACCAGCCGUCCCCUUGCUGCUGGUGCUGCUGCUCGUCGUCUCUUGCGCGUUGUCGGUGUCGGCCAGCGGCGGCGGCAGGGGCAACGGCACACGGACGGCGGAGUUCCGUUCUGGGGACGAGCUGCGAGCGUACCAGAGCAUCGUGGCCCAGAUGGACCGGAUGAAGAAGGCCUCCGUCAAGACCAUCCAGAGCGCCGACGGCGACAUCAUCCACUGCGUGCCGGCGCACCUCCAGCCGGCGUUUGACCACCCAACGUUGAGGGGCCAAAAGCCAGAGCCUGAGCCGGAGGAGAGGCCCAAGACCAGCGCCGACGCUGCGGAGGAAGAAGGGGACGCCGUGUUCCCGCAGGCGUGGAGCGACGGCGGCGAGUCGUGCCCCGGCGGGACGGUCCCGAUACGGCGGACCACGGAGAGCGACCUGCGGCGGCACUCCGGCUCCCUCCGGCGGUACGGGAUGAAGCCCCGCGCGGCCGGCGUCCGCCGCGACUCCACCAGCGACGGCCACGAGCACGCGGUGGGGUACGUGACCGGCGACCAGUUCUACGGCGCCAAGGCGAGCCUGAACGUGUGGCCGGCCAGGGUGGCGUCGGCGGCGGAGUUCAGCCUCUCCCAGAUCUGGGUCAUCUCCGGCACCUUCGGCAACGACCUCAACACCAUCGAAGCCGGCUGGCAGGUGAGCCCUCAACUGUAUGGCGACAACAGCCCACGCUUCUUCACCUACUGGACGAGCGACGCGUACCAGGCGACCGGGUGCUACAACCUGCACUGCUCGGGGUUCGUGCAGACCAACCGGCGGAUCGCCAUCGGGGCCGCCAUCUCGCCGGCGUCCGCAUACAACGGCCGCCAGUUCGACAUCAGCCUGCUCAUCUGGAAGGACCCGCGCCGGGGCCACUGGUGGCUGCAGCUCGGCUCCGGCCCGCUCGUCGGCUACUGGCCCUCCUCCCUCUUCUCCCACCUCGGCGGCCACGCCAAUAUGGUGCAGUUCGGCGGCGAGGUCGUCAACACGCGCCCCUCGGGCUCCCACACCCCCACGCAGAUGGGGAGCGGCCACUUCCCGCGCGAGGGCUUCAACCGCGCCGCCUACUUCCGCAACGUCCAGGUGGUCGACUGGGACAACAACCUCCUCCCCGCUAGGGACCUCCGGCUCGUCGCCGACCACCCCGCCUGCUACGGCAUCCAGGGCGGCUACAACCGCGCCUGGGGCAACUACUUCUACUACGGCGGGCCGGGCCGGAACGUGCACUGCCCCUAG